AUAUACACUAUGAAGAUCCGUGAAUGAGGAUAUAUAAAGCGGAAGGUUCACAGUGCUUCACGAGUCAGUUCAGUGAAGAGUUUCUUUACAAUCAUUUUGGAUUUAUAAAAAAAAAAAAAAAAAUUUUUUUUCUUUUACCCUAAUCUGUGAUUAUCAUGAAGCAUUUGGUAAUAUUAUUGGCGGCUUUAGUCGCAGUGACAUUGGCACAACAACAAUCGGGAAGUACACCAAUUCCCAUAAUACGUCAAAGUCAAGAGGGACCAAAUCCAGAUGGUUCCUAUAAAUGGAGUUAUGAAGCUGGAAAUGGAAUUGCAGCCGAAGAAGAGGGUCAUGUAAAAAAUGCCGGAUCAGAUAAUGAAGCAAUGGAAGCUGUGGGACAAUUUUCUUAUACCGAUCCCGAGGGAAAUAAAAUUCAAUUGGAAUACAUUGCCAAUGAGGAGGGUUUCCAACCUAAAGGAGCACAUCUUCCAACGCCACCACCAAUCCCACCAGAAAUUCUCAAAGCACUCGAAUGGAAUGCAGCUCAUCCCGAGGAGGACAACAUUGAUUCGCCAAAAUAAUUUUUUUUUUUUUUUUU